ACUUGCGUCAGAAACUUGCGCACUUGUAAUUAGAAAGGUGAACGGCGAGCCUUGCUCUUGACAGAUACAGACUAUAAAAAGACACGGUGAACAUGUUGGUGGCAAGGCUGACAUGUCUGAGGAGUCUCCCGCUAGUCGGGCUCCGUCCUGUGCUGUCACAAGGCUCCUCAGCCCUGAAGACACCCACCCUGAAGACCUGUACACCCCUCCUCACACCCCAGCAGGGUUAUGCCUCCAAGGCCAGAUUUGGAUUUCGCCGUGUGAAGACCACCAGGGAGCAGCUCAAAGAAGCAGCUUUUGAACCAGCAACAGAUACAGCCAUGAAAAUUGAAAGCAUGGGAAAGAUAGUUCUGGCUGGAGGUGCAGUCGUGGGUCUUGGAGCUUUGUGCUACUAUGGACUCGGCAUGUCCAGUGAAAUUGGUGCCAUUGAGAAAGCAAUGAUCUGGCCUCAGUAUGUGAAGGACAGGAUCCACUCCACCUACAUGUACUUUGCAGGCAGCGUUGGACUCACAGCUCUGUCGGCUGUAGCUGUGAGCAGAACCCCGGCACUCAUGGGUCUGAUGAUGAGAGGAUCCUGGCUGGCGAUUGGAGCAACUUUUGCAGCAAUGAUCGGUGCAGGGAUGCUGGUUAGGUCCAUUUCAUAUGAGCACAGCCCUAUGCCCAAACAUCUUGCUUGGAUGCUUCAUGCAGGUGUGAUGGGCGCUGUCAUCGCUCCACUCACUCUUCUCGGAGGACCUCUGAUGAUGAGGGCUGCCUGGUACACAGCAGGCAUUGUGGGAGGCCUUUCUACGGUGGCCAUGUGUGCCCCAAGCGAGAAGUUCCUCAACAUGGGAGGGCCAUUGGCUGUCGGCUUUGGAGUGGUGUUCGCUUCCUCUAUUGGGUCGAUGUUCCUACCUCCAUCCUCAGCAUUCGGAGCAGGCUUAUACUCUAUCGCCAUCUACGGAGGCCUCGUCCUGUUCAGCAUGUUCCUCCUCUAUGAUACACAGAAGGUUAUAAAGAGGGCGGAGUCACACCCGUUGUAUGGCGUACAAAAAUAUGACCCCAUCAAUGCGUGUAUGGGGAUCUACAUGGACACACUGAACAUUUUCAUCAGGCUGGUGAUGAUUCUGGCUGGUGGCGGCAACAAAAGGAAAUAAAACUCAGGAUGGCUUCUGCUCCACUUUUUAUGUUCCACAAAGCUGAAACAGUCAUGUUUAUCCCAGUCAGCAUAAACUGGUUUUAUCUUUUAUGUACAAGUCUUUAUGUGGGCUGGUAGACAAACAUUAACGUUUUGCAAGUGACUGCACUCUGAUCUGCUUGUUGCAAGUCAGGAAGACAAAUUGAUGUAAAGGAUGUUUUGAGAUGGAGUCAUUCGAUUUUGGAAGCAGGUUUAGUUUUUUCUCCUAAGGUUGCACAUCUGGUAAAUAAAAUCUAAGUGAUGUUACCAGGAGUGGGUUUUUUUUUUCAUUUAGUUUUUCUAUUCAUUUCAUUCAGAAUUAAAGUUUAAAAUGUUACAAGCAGAAAUGUCAACCACAUAAUUUUCCAUAUUGGCAGAAAAGAAACCCACAGAACUGUAUGUACAUGCUUAAAAAGUCCAGAUGUUUUACCUCUUUAAUCAAAGAUACGAGUUCAUGUGUUUCAGGGAGUUUGGGAAACUUCAACAUUACUUAAUAAACCAGUUAAAAUGAAGAAUUCUGUAUGUUGCACUUUGAGUUUGUGACUUUUAUAAUGGUCUGUAUUAAAGCACUG